UUAUUUCGUUCCUUCUUCUGCAAACAACGUCCCUCCAAAAGAUUCAGGAAGAAGCCAUUGUAUCGGUGGAUACUCUUCUGCUCCAGUGCUCUCCGUUUCUCAGAAUGAGUUCGGACUCGUUUCGUUCAGGGAGUUCCUUAGCUCCUAAUUCUAAACGAAGUUUCUCUAAUGCUACAUCUUCCAACCACUCCAACGAUAACAGGAACAGGAACAACAACAAGAGGAAGACAACCACCAACCAGAAAACCCUAGGCGUCUCUUGGGGCUCAAAUUCUCGGUCCUCUUCUCGAAAAUCCGCCUUCUCCGAUUUUGGCAGUUAUAUGAUAGAGAAGAACCGGAAACUACACAACCAGUUUGAUGCUGAGGCUUCCACGUCUUCGGUUAGUGGCUCUUGUUCUGGGAAGCCUAUAUUCAGAGGAGUUUCAAUUUUUGUUGAUGGUUUCACGGUUCCUUCCAGCCAGGAACUGCGGAACUACAUGGUAAAGUAUGGUGGAAGAUUUGAGAACUAUUUCUCAAGGCAUCGUGUAACACAUAUCAUCUGCAGUAAUCUUCCUGAUAGUAAAGUUAAGAACCUGAGAGCCUUCAGUGCAGGGUUGCCAGUGGUGAAACCCACUUGGAUUUUAGAUUCGGUUGCUGCUAGUAGACUCUUGAGCUGGAUGCCUUAUCAACUUGACCAGCUUCCUAGUAACCAACCAAAACUGUCAGCCUUCUUUGCAUUGAAAAGCAGCAAAGUAUCAGAGGAUGCUUUUACAAGUGCCCUUUGUGACAUACAGUCAGACAUUGAAGAUUCAUCUGUGAGAGUUGGCCGAUCAGAUUCAGAGGAUAGACACUCAUUCAAAGUUGGGGAGAUGGUUGAACUUAGUGUGCAAAGCAGUACUGAAUCUGAUCAUAUUGUCCCUGAGAAUGCUAACGCAAUUAUGAUAGAAGAGCUGACUAGUGUUGGAGUUAAGUGUGAUGAAGAAGAGCAUGCAGGAGGAAGCGAUACUCAUACUAGAUAUGAGAGAAAUGUUGAAAGUGAACUUGAACCUAAUCAUCAAGAACCUUCUACAUCAGUUAGUAAUCCUUGUUCUGAUGAGCAGAAAGUAAAAGAAUUUUCAAGUUCUUUGGCCACUAGGCCUUCUAAACAGUGUCAUUCAACUCUUGAAGACCCAAAUUUUGUGGAGAAUUAUUUCAAGAACUCCCGGCUACACUUUAUAGGAACCUGGAGAAAUCGAUAUCGAAAGCGUUUUUCCACCUUGUCUACUGGGUUUAACAAUGAAAAUUCUAAUAUUAGUGCCUCUGAUAUUUCUCGUAACUCAGUCAUUAUCCAUGUUGACAUGGAUUGCUUUUUUGUCUCAGUUGUAAUUAGGAACCACCCUGAAUUGUUGGACCAGCCUGUAGCUGUGUGUCACUCAAAUAAUUCAAAUGGAACUGCUGAAAUUUCCUCUGCAAACUACCCAGCUCGUAGUUAUGGUAUUCGGGCUGGUAUGUUUGUUCGAGAUGCCAAGGCUCUUUGUCCUCAUCUUGUUAUCUUUCCAUACAAUUUUGAAGCUUAUGAGGAAGUAGCUGAUCAAUUUUAUAGUAUACUGCAUCAGCAUUGCAACAGAGUGCAGGCUGUAAGCUGUGAUGAAGCAUUUUUAGAUGUCACUGAUUCAGAGGUUAAAGAUCCCGAAAUUUUAGCUUCAUCAAUUAGAGAAGAGAUCUAUAAGACCACUGGAUGUACAGCAAGUGCUGGUAUAGCUAGAAAUAUGCUUAUGGCUCGAAUUGCUACUAGAACUGCAAAACCAAAUGAUCAAUAUCACAUAACUACAGAACGGGUUGAAGAUCAUUUAUUUCAACUUCCAAUUAAAGCACUUCCUGGAAUAGGGUAUGUUUUACAGGAGAAGUUAAAGAAACAGAAUGUUCACACAUGUGGACAAUUGCGCAUGAUUUCCAAGUCCUUACUGCAGAAGGACUAUGGAAUCAAAACAGGAGAAAUGCUUUGGAAUUAUAGCAGAGGAAUUGAUAACCGGUUAGUUGGGGACUUUCAGGAGAGUAAGUCUAUUGGUGCUGAUGUAAAUUGGGGUGUGAGAUUCAAAGAUAUGAAAGAUUGUGAACACUUCCUAAUAAACCUUUGCAAGGAAGUCUCCUUGCGAUUGCAAUGUGGUGGAGUGCAGGGGCGCUCUUUCACUCUCAAGAUAAAAAAAAGAAGAAAAGAUGCUGAUGAACCUGCGAAGUUUAUGGGUUGUGGGGAUUGUGAAAAUUUGAGUCACUCAGUUACGAUUCCUCUUGCUACUGAUAAUGUGGAAGUACUCCAAAGAAUAGUAAAACAGUUAUUUGGAAGCUUUUACAUAGAUGUCAAGGAGAUUCGAGGUGUUGGCUUGCAAGUUUCCAGACUUGAAAAUGCAGAGACUUCUAAGCAAGGUACAUCAAAAUAUAAUUUGAAAUCGUGGCCCACAUUAGGAUCGGCAGGUAUGGAAAAUCAGAAAUAUCCUAUGGGUCAUGACCAGCCGAAUACGAAUGGCACUUCCGGUUGUGGAGGUAGAGAUUUGCCAGUGUCUUCAGUUCAAAGGGACAAUAAAAUAUCAAAUAAUCAAGCAAGUAUUAAUCCAAUUUCCACACCUCCUUUAUGUAAUCUUGAUGUGGAUGUUAUAAGGAAUCUUCCUCCAGAAGUAUUUUCAGAAUUAAACGAAAUUUAUGGUGGGAGGUUAAUUGAUUAUGUUGCUAAUGGCAAAGGCAUGAGUGAGAGUUCUAGCCCUUCAGGAAACUCAUUUUUAGAGCAAGAAAACAAGGAAGAGGAACUUUUGUAUUCCGAGUCAAUUACUAAAAACAAGCUAUUAUCAGAAAAUAUGGGAAUGCAGCAUGAGGCAGAGAGAAGUGAAGCAGUACCAGGCUCAGGGCAUGGACCCUAUUUCAAGGUUACUCACCAUUCAGGUCUUGAAAAAGAUGAUUUAUUUCCGUCUUCUUUGAGCCAAGUCGAUGGUUCAGUGUUUCUACAGUUGCCUGAGGAUUUGAAAGCUGUCCUUGCUGAGCAGCUUCCUGCACACAGGAUGCCAGAGAUUUGCUCCAUUGUUUCUGGAGUCCCUCCUAGUGAAAACCAUCAGAUGUCAUUAGGUGUCGAACCAUCUGAGAAUUAUCCUGGAUCAAGUUACAAUGAGUGUCUUUGGGCUGGGAAUCCUCCAUAUUGGGUUGGAAAGUUUAAAGUUAGCAGUUGCGUAAUAUUAAAGAAACUUGCAGAAAUGUAUUACAAAUCAGGGUUGACUGGCAAAUUAUCUUCAGUUUUGCACCAAACUAUAUCUGAAUUCUAUGAACUAAAUCUAGUGCAUCAGAUUUCUGACGACAAUGUUAACAUUAUGUGUGAGCUACUGAAGCAGUAUAUAAAAGUGAAAAUAGAAAGGGAUAUUGAAGAGAUUUAUAUUUGUUUUCGGCUUCUGCAAAGGUUUGCAGCCAAGUCCCAAUUUUUCCUACAAGUGUAUAAUAAUGUAUUUCCUUACCUCCAGGUAUAUUUUCAGCCACUCUCUCUUUCAUUGCUGUAUCAAUCAAAUAACACAUUCUUGAGGGACAUCUGAAAUAUUUUAACAAGAUACAAGUUUAAUGAUGACCCGGUUUGUACUUAACAUGAUGUUUAUUUUAAGGGAACUGGUUUUUGUCAGUCCUUGUUCAAAUCUUUGUAAAUACAGAAAUUACCCUUUUAAACAAAUUUUAACUGUUGAUUAGAAAAUCAACAAAUAAAUUGUGAUAAGAUAUAUGCACAUGUAACUAACAACACUGAAAAAACCUCAGUUAAGAGGACUGAACCAUAUGUUAUAACCUGUUGGGGUGGGAGUUGAUCACCUUGCUGGUCCAGUCUAAGUCUGAAAUAUAAAAAAAGCAGAAACCUGGUGAAUUGCCCAACAAAAUUGGCUGACCAGUUCAUACAUGACAAUAUUUUAACUCCAUUUUUCUUUUGAACUAAUGCAAGAGGCUCAUGUCAUUAUUACACAGGCCAUUACAGCAAAAGGACAAGAAUGACAUUCUUUUGAAGGGCCUCAUUUUUGGCUUUUUUUAAUAACUACUUUUAAUUGGAGGCUUUAUAAGGUUCUUUGAUGUGGGACUUCAACUUGAUCUGUACAAGUAUAUGUAUGCUGAAUACAUAUAUAUAUAUAAAUACAAAUUUAUUGUUAGAAACAUGUAUUGUUAUGUCUGUAUAGAAUGUCUAGGUUCAGUGUAUCAUGUAAAUAUCAUAAUUUAGAAAAGUGUAUCUUUGCAUGCAUUGCACCAUAUUACAUAAAUAUUGACUUUAUGUAGUGGAAACAUGGUUUUCAGCACAUGCUUCGCUUUUUUCUCUCUAUUAAUGUAAAUAUAUUACUCUUACUCAAAUUUUGUAGGCAGCUGUUGAUGACAAUUAUGGAGGGAUUUUGUUUAUACCAUCAUUGUAGCACAUGAAAUAUUCAAAGUCUUACCUCUUACUGUGGGAAACUUGAGCAAAAUUUACUGGUUCAACUGUGGGAGCCAAUGAGGUCCGAUCUAAUUCAGCAGUCGCUAUCGACCAUUGAUGUCCUGCUGUGUAUGUUCAAGUUCAACAAUACUGUGCCAGCUAAAUAUUUUCUGCACUGUACGUGCUAAUUUUAUGAAUGUAAAACUUGGUUAAUUAAAACAUUUAUGUUAUUGGUAAAUUUACAAUUUAUCACUUUG